GAAGGAAAGCCUUGUUGUCGAGUGGGAAGUUCAGGAUCAGUUUCCCUGGUGUAUUGUUUUUGUUUCUUGCGAGUGUCGGGGCCACGACGACGUUUAUCGAAGUUUCUGGGUUUGUUUUGCCCGUCUUCGUUUUUCUUGACACAGUUGAAGAAUUGGGAAACGGGAGAAAGUCGCAGACAGAAGAAGAGUAUGCAGUCGGACACGGAUAAACGCAAGCAGAUCUCGAUCCGCGGCAUUGCCGAGAUCGAGGACGUGACUGCAGUGAAGAAGACGUUCAACAGGCACUUGCACUACUCGUUGGUCAAGGACCGGAAUGUGGCCACGAUUCGCGACUACUACUUCGCCCUGGCCCACACUGUCAAGGACCAUUUGGUGGGCCGAUGGAUCCGCACCCAGCAAAACUGGUUCGAGAAGGACCCGAAGAGGAUCUACUACUUUUCCUUGGAGUACUACAUGGGCCGGUCUUUGUCCAACACGAUGAUCAAUGUAGGCAUCCAGAGUGCGUGUGACGAGGCCAUGUACCAACUGGGACUGGAUAUUGAGGAGCUGGAGGACUUGGAGGAGGAUGCCGGGCUCGGAAAUGGCGGCCUGGGUCGCUUGGCUGCCUGCUUCCUGGACUCCAUGGCUACUUUGGGGAUGGCGGCCUAUGGCUAUGGAAUUAGGUACGACUACGGGAUUUUCGCGCAGCGGAUCCGUGCUGGCGAGCAAGUGGAAGAACCCGACGACUGGCUCCGUUUCGGCAACCCCUGGGAACGAUCCCGUCCCGAAUACUGUCUACCCGUCAACUUCUACGGCCGUGUGGAACGGGAUUCCUCUGGCCGAUCCCAUUGGAUCGACACCAAGAUCGUGUUCGCCAUGCCCUACGACAACCCGAUCCCGGGCUACGAGAACAACGUUGUCAACACUUUGCGACUCUGGUCGGCCAAGUCGCCGGUCUCGUUCAAUCUCAAGUUUUUCAACGACGGCGACUACAUUCAGGCCGUGUUGGAUCGCACACUGGCUGAGAACAUCACGAGGGUCUUGUACCCGAAUGACAACUUUUUCCAGGGCAAGGAAUUGAGGCUGAAGCAGGAGUAUUUCAUGGUGGCGGCGAGUCUGCAGGACAUUAUCCGUCGCUACAAGACGUCCAAGGCCGGCACUGACUCGGACAGCCGCACUUUCAAGAACUUCCCCGACAAGGUGGCCAUCCAACUGAAUGACACGCAUCCGGCCUUGGCCAUCCCCGAACUCAUGCGCAUCUUCCUCGACAUCGAGGGCCUGGAGUGGGACGAAGCUUGGGACAUCACGACCCGGACUUGCGCCUACACCAACCACACUGUGUUGCCCGAGGCCCUGGAACGCUGGCCAGUCUCCAUGCUGGAGUACAUUCUCCCUCGCCACCUCGAGAUCAUGUACUGCAUCAACCAUCAUCUCAUGGAUGCCGUGGCCAAGCGGUGGCCCGAUGACAUGGACCGCCUGCGUCGCAUGUCCCUGGUUGAGGAGGACGGCGAGAAGCGUAUCAACAUGGCCCACUUGGCCAUGGUCGGCUCGCACGCCAUCAACGGCGUCGCUGCUCUGCAUUCCCGUAUCCUCAAGGAAAGCCUCUUCAAGGAUUUCUACGAAAUGAUGCCAGAGAAGUUCCAGAACAAGACGAACGGCAUCACGCCUCGUCGUUGGCUGCUUUUGUGCAAUCCUGCUCUGUCUGAUGGAAUCGCCGAGAAGAUAGGCGACCAAUGGCCCGUGCACUUGGACCGUUUGCAAGAGGUCAAGCGCUUCAAGGACGACGCUGGUUUCCUUCGCAAUGUGCAGACCAUCAAGCAGGGCAACAAGCUCAAGUUUGCCGACUGGCUUCAGGCCAACUAUAAUAUCAAGAUCAAUCCGUCGUCCCUCUUUGACGUGCAGGUGAAACGCAUCCACGAGUACAAGCGGCAGCUGUUGUUCUGCCUUUACAUCAUCACGCUGUACAACCGUAUCAAGCGCAACCCGAAGGCGGCAAUUGUACCCAGGACUUGCAUGAUCGGCGGCAAAGCGGCCCCCGGGUAUUACAUGGCCAAGAAGAUAAUCAAGUUGCUCUGUUCCGUCGGCAACAUUGUCAACAAUGAUCCUGUCGUUGGCGACCGUCUGAAGGUGGUGUAUCUAGAAAACUACCGCGUAACUAUGGCAGAAAAGAUCAUCCCUGCGGCGGACUUGUCAGAGCAGAUCUCCACUGCUGGCACUGAAGCAUCCGGCACUGGCAACAUGAAGUUUAUGCUGAACGGUGCCCUGACUAUCGGCACUUUGGACGGUGCCAACGUGGAAAUGGCGGAAGAAAUGGGCCAAGAGAACAUGUUCAUCUUUGGCAUGAAGGUGGAAGAGGUCGAGGAGCUGAAAAAGAAGGGCUAUAACGCGAAUGAGUACUUGGAAAAAAAUCAGGAGCUGGUUCAGGUCAUCGACCAGAUCCGCAACGGAUUUUUCUCGCCCGGGAAUCCCGACGAAUUCAAGGAUGUCGUUGACGUUCUGCUCAAAUACGACAGGUUUUAUGUAUUGGCGGACUAUGAUGCUUACCUGAAGGCGCAAGACUGUGUGUCCGAGACUUACAAGAACCAGAAAAAGUGGACACAAAUGGCCAUCAUGAACAUCGGAUCAGCGGGUAAAUUCUCUUCGGAUCGCACAAUCGCCGACUAUGGUCGCGAAAUUUGGGGCGUGGAACCCUCUUGGGACAAGUUGCCGGCGCCACACGAACCUCGUGAUAUUCAGCUGGUUCCCGAGGCUGAAAAAUCCGCUGCUGCUGCUGCCCCAGCUGGCCAAAACAACAAGGCCCACAACAAGUAAACAUUCAAGAAAUUUCCCACCGACUUCAGACCCCUCAUGCUAACUUUCCUUUCAGUUUUUUUUGUCCCUCGUCUUUUUUGUGCAUGUGUGAUGUUUAUUAAGUCCCAGAGUAUCGAAAUGAGGGACUGAGUGCAAUAUUUUGAGAAAAGGCUGGAAAUUUCCUUAUGUCGCAACUGCCCCUGCAUAAUUUCCAUUCGUUGUAUGUAUUCAUAGACAGAGGUUUUUAUUUUAUUUUUUGUUAUAGCUUGCAGACUUGUCUAUUUGUUUUCCCCCGUCCGCAAUGGAAAUUUGGUGCUUUUAUUUCUUGAGUAGAAUGGCCUAUUUUUUUCGGGAAAUCAAAAGUGAGAGGAUAUUUGCAUUCCCUAAUGCUAUUGUGGAUCACAGGCUCGGAGAUUGAAUAAAAGCUAAUUUUAAAAAUC